AUCACAGUCAAUUUUAUUCGGCGUUACUAAAGUGAUUUGCUCAAAGAAUGGAAGCCGAAGAAAACUCUGAACAGUAUUGUUUUGGUUUUAACCUUUUCGAUGAGGACGACCCCGAGGACAGUGGACUACAUCCCUCGCUAUUCGAUGUGUUUGAAGAUGAAAAGCCGCAACAAGUUGUAGCCAAAAAUGUGUAUCAGCCAGUGAAUGAGGGAACCGAGUUGCAUCGAGUUAUCAAAAGUGGGAACAAAUCGAGGAUAGAAGCUGUUCUAGAUGUGUAUUUGAAAGAUUUCGAUACAGUUCGUGAAUAUCUUGUUCGGAAAUAUGACAUCGAUAGCAGCGAUAAGAUAUGGUUUAGGAAGACAGUUCUUAUAGCUUCAACCGAAGAGCAAUGCCUCGAAGCGAAAAAUUUCGAGAAGAAAUGUAAGUCUAGCUCUGAUGUUGGCCAGGCGAUUUUAGUUCUUUUGAAAUGUGCAAUUGACGAAGACCGUGUUGCAGUGCUGCAACCAGAUAAAGACAAUCAAUUGGAAGCGUGUCGCAUAAUCACUUCACUUAUUCCUAAUGGGCUCCUAUCGUGGAAUUAUCCGGUCUUCAAAGAACGCUCAGAAACAUUCAUUGAAGCUGCAGCGGCUUGUGGAAAUCACGCCUUGAUCCAAAAACUUUACGAAUUGGGUGCCGAACUAUCUAUUCCUGAUCACAAUCCGCUACUAGCUGCUAUACGGAAAAAUCGAAGGGAUACUGUAAAGUGGUUGUUGACAGAGCAUUUCGAUCAUUUCGAUUGCACAGCCAGAGAUUCUUAUCAAUAUAAUGCUUUGAUUGUGGCCAUGCAGAUGCGAAAUCUGGAAAUAAUGAAACUAUGUUUCGAAAAAAUGCUUGCUUACCGGCGGAAGUACUUCAACGAGACAGAUACAGAAGCAUUCAACAACAUAUUUAAAAUGGAGAAUGAGGAAUGGACAUAUUCAUCGAUAUUCUCUUACCUGGGAAAUCGUUCAAAUGGCCGUGAAUUGAUUGAUCAGUGGAUUGUCGAAUAUAAACUGGAUUUGUCGUACAAGUGGCAAGGAGUCACUCACCUAGGAAGUCUGAUCAGCGGUCAACGAGCAUUGGAAUACUGUUGGAAUGGGAUCCGAUCAAAUCCAGACCUAUUGGGGCUAAAUGUUCACGGAUCAGAAUCAGAAACGAUUGUUCACUUACUCGUGGAAAAGGGGCAUCUUGAAUUUUUGAGUGAGAUGUACGAAUGUCAUCCCCACGUUAAGCAGUAUUUUGAAACCGAUCGAGUAUGGCAGGUUUCGGGCCAAGCUAUUAGAGAUCAUCAACACGAACGUAUUCAGUUUGUAAUGGAUCACCAUUCCAAGUUCCUGAAAGAAAAUCUGGAAAAACUUAAAGAAAACGUACUCUUUUGUGAUUACUACGAUAAAAAUUUCUAUCGGCAGCAUGGCGACAUAAUUGUAAAAUUUUUCCCCGAAUACACAGAAGAAAUCGAAAAACUUAAGAAUAAAAAACCCGAAUGCCAUAGAUGGAAUGACGAUUUGGAUAAUGCAUUUACGGAUCAUGGUAUAGAAUGCACUACAUCGGGCAUAAAAUUAUCAAACCCAAUAGAACAAUCAUACGAUGUGAAAGGAUCCAGAGGAGAAUCACUCAUACAUCUAGCUAUUCAGAAGAAUGAUAAAGAUCUUCUCAUCCGACUACUUGAAGCUGGUUGUGAUUUUGACGCCCUGGACGACGAAGGCAAUCAUGCAAUUCACUUCGUGAGGAGUGUCGAUAUGUUUGAAUUUGUGCUAGAGAGACAUCCAUUGGGAAAAAAUCUUCUAAAAGUUACAAAUACCUUAGACGGUUACACAGUUUUACAUAAAAUAUGUAAAUUAUACAUGGAACGAAAAGCGCAUUGUGAAUUGCUUCAGAAAGUUAUUGAUUGUGGAGCGGAUGUAACUCAACUGACCAAUGACGGCGAAACGGUUGUAUUUUUGAUCGGUAAUUGUUCGCUCUUGGAUAUUGUUCUGGAGCAUGGAGUCAGUUUGGAUACAGUCAAUAAUAAGAAUCAAACAGCUCUGGAGCGACACCUAAAUAACGGAAACGAAUGUAUGGUUAAUAGUUUGUAUCAUCUUGUUCAUGAGACACCACUUUUCAAGGAGCAUGCGCAUAAGUUCCUGGCGCCAAUGAUCGAUAGGUCCCGUAAUCGGGACUUUUUCAGUUGCGACUAUCAAAGACUUUUAGAAAAGUACCCGAGCACUACGAAACUACUGUUCGACUCACUGUUCCAACACUCUCCGGAAGAAGCCAGUCGCGUCUUUUCCGUGGCCUGUGAUAAGGCGAUGAACUAUGUUGCGAGAAAAUUUUUGGAAUUCAAUUAUGAUUUGAACUACGAUUAUCUUUCUUCCUAUGAAUAUACACCGAUUCUUGGAUUGUUGAGUUAUAUGGAAGAGGAAAACUUUGAUAUUGUUAAAAACUUAGUUGAGAAAGGAGUCGAUUUACACGUCCGAAGUCAGUGGGGAAGAAACUCGUUGCUUUCAUUUGCGAGCAGGUUCAGAUCGGCAAAAUGGUAUGGACAUACCGUUGAAACUGCGCAGCUGUUGAUCGAUCAUGGAGCCCGGAUUAAUGAUUGCAAUAAUGAAGGAAACACUGCUUUGCAUGUGGCGGCAGCUGACGGCGAAUGGGAACUGGUUGAAGUUUUGCUGCGAAAUGGCGCCGAUGUUACUAGGAAAAAUCACGCAGGACUGACUCCUAUGGAAGGAGCGCGAAGAUUGGAUCGAGAACUGUUUUAUUUCAUUAAGUAAUUUUGGAACUAUGUGAUUUUUAUUUACUAGUUGAACUAAAAGUGUACAAUACACCUUGAAGUGCUUUAGUAUUAUAGAAGACUGUUUGACAGCUUUGUGCUGUGCAAAAAAUAUUUGAACCAAAUUAAAACUGCUGUGCAGUGAACCUGCAUUCAAAAAGUGAUACUUAGUUAGUAUACGAAGAAAUAUUGGUUUAUACAUGAAUCGAUUUUUAAAAAAGGCUUUCCCAAGUACAU